UGGUGUAAUAAUAAACAGUGGUAGUACAGUGAGCGCUGUGGUCAGGGUGCUGCAGGGCAGACAGACAGUUGUAAGAGCUCUCACUCUGAGAGAGAGAGAGAGAGAGAGAGAGAGAGAGAGAGAGAGAGAGAGAGAGAGAGAGAGCGGAGUCUGGAUUAUGGAGUUUACAGCUCCACUCUGAGGAGACGCUGAACGCUGAGACCUGCGGCACAGUUCACCCACAGAGAGCGGGGGGCGAUGCUCCUACACUCCUAGACAAGAAGCAGACUCCAGAGCCCCUAUGGAGAACGAAACUUCAGUGCACACAGGCUACAUUCCCCCUUAUCUCCUCCGACAGGACCCUUUCGCCUCCAAGCUGUCCAAAGGGGGCGACAUAGUGGCAGCCUUGUACAUCCUCCUCAUUGGGAUCCUCUCAGCUAUAGGAAAUGGUUAUGUUAUCUACAUGGCCAUCAGAAGAAAGACAAAGUUAAAACCACCUGAAAUAAUGACUCUGAAUUUAGCCAUAUUCGACUUCGGCAUCUCAGUCACUGGGAAGCCAUUUUUUGUAGUUUCGAGUUUUGCCCACCGCUGGCUGUUCGGCUGGGAGGGCUGUCGCUUCUACGGCUGGGCCGGCUUCUUCUUUGGCUGCGGCAGCCUCAUCACCAUGACUGUGGUCAGCUUUGAACGAUAUCUGAAAAUCUGCCAUUUAAGAUACGGUACAUGGAUCAAGCGGCAUCAUGCCAUGCUGAGCCUGCUCUUCAUCUGGCUGUAUGCAGCCUUCUGGGCCACUAUGCCGCUGGUGGGCUGGGGCAGCUACGCCCCGGAACCGUUCGGCACCUCCUGCACACUGAACUGGUGGCUGGCCCAGGCCUCUGUAGCAGGACAAAGCUUCGUCAUGUCCAUCCUCUUCUUCUGCCUCGUCCUGCCCACGGUCAUCAUCGUCUUCUCCUACGUCAGAAUCAUCAUCAAGGUGAAGGCAUCCGCUAAGGAAGUGUCCUGCUACGAUGCCCGGAACAAGAACAACCACCUCCUGGAGAUAAAGUUAACUAAGGUGGCAAUGUUGAUCUGUGCUGGAUUUUUAAUAGCAUGGAUUCCGUAUGCAGUGGUGUCAGUGAUCUCUGCAUUUGGGGUGCAUGAUUCAGUGCCUAUUCCAGCUUCAGUCAUACCAACUUUACUGGCCAAAUCCUCCGCCAUGUACAAUCCCAUCAUAUACCAGGUCAUCGACUGCAAGAACAGCUGCUCUAAAUCCUGCUGCUUUAAAGUCUUGAGCAAAAAGAAACAGUAUAAAUCUCCAAGGUUUUAUUCUAUCUCGGCAUCCAUCAAAGAGAGACCAGCAACAGAACCGCAAAUUGAGAUGUGAAAACGUCUGAUAAAGUCAGAUUUUACACUGGACAUUUUUUCUCCUACAUUAGUGUCAUCCUCCCCAUCAGACACCACGGACUGAUCCAUGACUGAAUUAGCCUGCACUGUUUCUGCUGACGUUCCAUUGCCUCUGGAAUACUUAGUGUUAUACAUGUAUUUGCAGACAGAUGCUGUGAUAAAGAUAUGUGUAUUUUUAUAUUUUGUACAGGUACUACAUAUAUAACAGUCAUAUUCUGUGUGCAUCUGCACUGUUUAAAGUGCAUUGAACUUUACAGUGUGGUGAUUCAUAGCACAAUACACUAUAUAAAUAUCAGCAGUAUGUUUAAAUGGAGAAAGCAGUACUUUGUAUCAGUUGUGUUAAGCAAAUACCAAUCUUGCAGAUUGUUCUAGUUAACAGUCUGUAAUUUAAAUCUAAGUUUACAUUACUUGAGAUGGACACAAGCGCUGGGUACUACACAUACACUGCCAUGUCUACACAAGUCUGUACAGUAAUGUGUGUUAAAGAAAGAAUAUUAAGAGUAAUAUUUUUCUCAAAGCGAUAAAACACUAUGCACUAAAUAAAACAUUGUUACCUUGUAUUUAAACAUUUCUGGCACAUCAGUUUUGUUAAGGGUAAUGUGCAAUUGUUGUUUUAAAGGGAUAAUUCAUCAAAAUAAUAAUAUUAUAUUGUGCAACAUAUUUCAUGCCUUUUUCUAGUGUUGUCUGUUAUUUUGGCUACUACAGAUUUAUAUUGAAACUGUAAGCCUAAAUGUGUGAAUAAUGAGAUGAAAUUAUUAUUAGAUAAUAGAUUACUGUUCAGUUACCACGUCUGUACUGCUGUACAUCACAGUAAGUGUACUGUAGUUGUCCUGUACUCACUCAGCUUCAACGUCUUCAUCCAUUUAUGUUCCCUCUUUCCUUAUUCUUACUGCGUUGUCCCUGUUCUUUAUAGUUGGAUCAUCUGGACCAGAUGUUUAAUUAAAGCUUAUUAAAUAGAAGGAGUUAAACAAAUUAUGCCAGUGAUUCUCCUCUGUGCUGAUCUUGGUUUACCACUUCAGUACCAUUUCAAGCCUGUUAUGUGCGUGUGUGUGAACCAGGGCUCAUGGAAUUGAGUGGCAAUGAAAACACUUUUUACAUGCUAAAUGUUAAAUGCUACUGGUGGGUAAACCCAAAAAAGUGACCCAAUGGAUUAUAAGGAUUUGAAGUCAAAAUAUGCAACGUAAAUCAAGA